AUGGCGUGCGGGCCCCACUCGUCAGGUUUUUCUUCAACCUCCGUGCUGGUGCUCGCCGCCACCGCAGGGAGCCGGAGGAGGGCCGCCGCACAAGCUCCGCGCGGGGAGGGAGGAGGGGUGGCGCCGCCGCUGGCUCCCCACCGGCCCCCUUGCUCUCGGCGCCAUGGCCCCGUGCCGAAGCUGCCGCGCGCCACAUGCGCCGGCGAGAGAGGAGGGAUCUCGAGCCGUCCCUUGCUCGCCGCCCGGUCGCCGCUCCCUCCGCCGCGCGCGCAGGCCGUUGUUCACGCCAUCGCUCGCCGGCCGCCGCUCCCGGACGCGGCACGAGCCUCCUCGUCCCGCUGCGCCGCGGCUCCGCCCCUACUCCGGGCAGCCGCACCUCCGCCCUGCCUCGCCUCCGAGCUGCUGCUCCUCCCCCGCGCCGGCGUGCCCCUACCUCGCGCCGGUCGUGCCCCGCCUCGCCCCUCACGCCGGCCAUCCUCUUCCUCCCCGGCCACACCUCCUCUCUCCCGUCGCGCUCUGCUGCCGAACUCGGCGGCCCUCCGCCCCUGA